CUUAUCUAUCACGAUGCUGUGUGAGCAUUGUUUUAGAAAGGCAAGACCGGUGUCAGAAAAUUUGACAAAUACUUGGAAAAUAUAGAGGAGAUCUGAUGAUUGCAGCAGUAUUACUAGAGAAUUUUCUUACAGGUAAUUGCACUUUUCAUCUAGUGAAAAACCUGUUUAUAUAGUGACCUUGAUGUGAAAAACCUGUUUACGUAAGGGGUGGUGGUGGUGGAGAGGAAAUUCAAUCUCUGGUAGAUUAUUAAAUCAUCAAAGGAUUAUUUGGAGUGAAAAUCGUCGUACAGGUUAAAAUCUGAGAGAACUGUGAAAGAUGAGUCAACGAAUAAAACAUGUUCUCACCAUCUUUGUGUUGGUCGUGUGUAUGCUGGUGAUGUGUGUAUUGACGGGAGCUCUGCGUGUAGGAUCCGGAUCCUCAAUGCCAGAUCUAGAUCCGUUCAAAGAGUAUGGCUAUUUUGUUACGGGUAUUCUCUACACUCUGAGACUAUUGACGCUUAUACCGUUACCAUUGACCGUCUGUAACAUUCUUGGUAUUGUCUGUUUCAACUGUUAUCCGAGCACUCCUGUAUUGAGAACAUCGCUAUUGUUCGGCCCUUUUGUGUGUUUUCGUGUCGUCACUAAAGGCACAUAUCCCGAACUAGUUAAGCGAAACAUCCAAAGAAAUAUAGACACUUGUAUGAAACUAGGUUUAACUAAUUUUGUGUUUGAGGUCGUCACUGACAGUGCUAUAGGAGUUUCAAAAUCGGCGCAAGUGCGAGAGCUUGUAGUGCCUGAUAAGUAUCGCACUAAAAAUGAAACGCUUUACAAAGCGCGUGCAUUACAAUAUUGUUUAGAAGAAGGAGUAAAUAUAUUGAGUGAUAAUGAUUGGAUAAUACAUUUAGAUGAAGAAACAUUAAUUACCGAAAGCAGUUUAAUUGGUGUGAUUAAUUUUAUAAAUGACGGUCAAUAUGAAUUUGGUCAAGGUGUCAUUACCUACGCUAACGAGGAAAUUGUUUGUUGGAUAACAACAUUAGCAGAUUCUAUACGUGUGGGUAUCGAUUAUGGCAUACUGCGGUUUACUAUGAAUGUUUUGCACCGUCCCGUAUUCAGUUGGAAGGGUUCAUUUAUCGUGGCGAAUGCAGGAGCUGAGCGAAAGAUCACCUACGAUUUUGGACACGAAGGCAGCAUUGCUGAAGAUUGUUUUUUCGCAUUGACCGCGUGGAAGGAAGGAUUUAAAUUUGGUUUUGUGGAGGGAGAGAUGUGGGAAAAAAGUACAUUUUCUGUGAUGGAUUACAUUCGUCAGAGAAAGAGGUGGGUGCAAGGAAUCAGCAAAGUAAUACUAAGUAAAAGCAUCCCUUUUCAGUAUAAAGGAGGGAUCAAUUUGAUGAUGAUUGCGUGGGUUGUGAUGCCCUUCACAGUUCCAAACAUAGUUCUAGCGCCCUUAUUUCCACUUCCCCUGUUCGGCUUUAUAAAUACAGUAAUAAGCUUGAUGGGAGGAGCAAUGAUUUUCCUGUUUACAUUUGGAGCCCUGAAAUCGUUCUCACAUCGACGGCAUAUCUUGUUUAACUUUGCGUUGUGUGUUAUGAUACUGUGUAUUAUGCCAGUUGCCAUGAUAAUGGAGGCUAUUGGGGUCGUUUGGGCUUUUAUGUCCAGUAAGAACAGUGGAUUUCAUGUGGUUAAAAAGGACGUUCAUGAGACGCCAUUGCUCAGUCAUGUAUGAGAAGACCAGCCAUUUAUUUUUAGUUUUAAGUUAUUGUUUCCUUUAUAAUACUGUAACAUUCCACAUUUACAAGAAAUACACCGAAUUUUAGUGGAGUUUUAAAUUUAGAUAUAGUUUUUAAAAAAAGUGAUGGGCGUAGCUCAGUAAUAUUCUCAUUGACCAGUAUAGACAGGGGUCAUGUUUCUUUUUUAAGAGAAAUACCACCGAUUCGGACCCUUUCUGACAUUUUUAAAUUCAGCUUGUGCUAAUUGUUGCGCCCACAUUUUAUGUCGUCACUUCUGCCCAUUGGUUCAUGUGACCACAAUUCCUGUACACUCCACAGGUCAAAAUGUCUUGAGAUUCUUGUCUGGAAUGGUUUGUCUUAUAGUAGAAGUGUUGUUUCAGCUUGCUGGAACUGUUUGGCCUGUAGUGUACUAAAUUUUAAUCAUCAGAACCUUGUGAACACUCUACAGAACCAUGUAUUUUGUUACUUGUUGGCAUUGUUUAGCUAGUUAUCAGGUCACAUAUCAAUUGUGUGGAGUUAUUGCCCCUGUCAAACAUUGUAAAUACUUACAUUCACAUGUAUAAGUCAGUUUUUCUGAUUUUCUUCUUUUUUUUUAUUGAAUUUCGCAAUCAUACACGUAUAUACAUGUAUCUAUUUAAUGUAUUGCAUCCGACAUCGAAACCAUCAAAGCACUCUACAUGUACUUGUGAGAUUUAUUAGGAUUGUUUGGCUAGUUGUAAAGAGGAACCCUAUCAGAAUUGGGUCACUCACUCCAUGACUGUUAAAAGUGUUAGAAUGUUAGUCAAAAUGAAAAUCUUGUUACUUCAUCUUUUGGAUUACGGAUUUAGACCAUAAUCCUGAAAUGCUAGAUGAAGAAUUCUGUAACAUAAGUUAAUGAAUUUAAAGCUGUGGAUUACAGACCAGAUGCAACCUAAGAUCACCACAUAGAAGAAAAUAUUCCCGAUGGGCAAAAAGAAGAGGAAUUGAUCCUAGUCGGGCCCCUCCAAUUUUGUCUUUGGUUCCUCAGGGUCUUGAUGUUGGCUUCAUAAUCGUCUUUUUUUCUUAAAAUAUCAAAAUUUUAAAAUAACUAGCCAAGAUUUCAUUUUUUAAAAAAAAAGAAGCAGAACUUUCAAUUUUAUGAUUGAUCCCAAAGAACUCAGAUUCAAAUUGAUGUGGGCCUCACUGUCAGAUUUUUUUUUCCUGCUUGUAGAAUCUUAGAAGUGUUGCCAAAUUACGUUAAGCUUAUAUAGGUCCUUUUUCAGUUGUCAAAGACCGUCGCAAAAUUGCAAUACAGAUUACUCGUGGAACUGGGUGGGUCGGUUGGACGACCCCGCAGAUAGAAAAUGAUAAAUUAAAUACAUGUAUCAGUGGGGUGGGGUGGGGUGGGGAGGCUGGAGAUGUCUUGUGAUCGCGAUUUAUCUAUGGGUUAUUAUUCGUUUUGACGCAAGUUCGGAAAUUUUGCGACGGCCUCAACAUACCUAUAGCUGUAAUUACAGGGUUUUUUUGUUUUUUGUUUUUUGUUUUUUGCUUCAUGCAGAAUCUUAGAAAUAAUGUUUUUAUUUUAUUUAUUUUAUACAUACAUAUAUCUAUAUAGAGCUCUGUCACUACAUGGACAAACCAUUGACUAGUGACAUUACAUUCUAUUAUAUGACUAUUCUAAAUACUCAGUAUUGCAGCUCUAUUGAUUUAGACCAAACCAAAGUUAUUUAUAGUUCUUCCUGAUCCAAUCUGAUUAAAAUUCAGAUCUAUAUUUCGUUUCGUUUUUUUUAUACUUUCGAUGGCCUACACUACAUGAAGAUCUGACAAGUUAUAGCGAUAGGUCACGUCACGGGUCAAAAGACCGACUUAUGACCCUAUGAUGUCAGACAUUUGAUUAACCAAUCAGCAUUGAUGUUACUAGUGGAUUACCCACAGUUCCUUGAAAAACACACCUAAAGCUCGCCGUAACAGACCGUUUCAUUGGCUUAUCCCUGACAGCAUUCAGAACACGAGUUAAAUAACAACUCUUCCAGAUCCAAGUGUAGUAAAGACAAGUAAAACGAAAUUUUGAACUAUAAAAACGAAACGAAAUAGAAUCUGUGUUUCAACCAGAUUGUUCCUGAUCUUCAUACAUGUACAUUACAAUUUAUUUUCAGCAUGUAUGUAAGGGGGGGGGGGGGGGUGGAUGACUGAAUGGUUAGCGUGCGCGCGUUGUAUCAUAAAGUCUGUCAUUGAGUCAGCUGGCGUGGUUUCGAAUCCGCGGUUGUACGUAACAAGGAGUAGGGUCGCCUGUCCAACCUCGUGGGUUUUAUCUGGGUCCUCCGGUUUCCUCCCACUGCUAAAAACCCCUAUGCACAAGCAAAUUAUGUAAAUAAAAUUAAACCAUAUGUUAGUCUCGAAAUGUCAUAGUUUGUGUCGAGUGGACGUUAAACCCCAUUUCUCUCUCUCUCGCUCGCAUGUAUGUAAAUUGACCAGAACUCUUAAAAAUUGUUGAUUUUAUUGGAUUUUAUUUGUUGAUUUGUUUUGUGGGAUGACCAUCUGUCUGCGUCAAAAGGGGAGGUUGAAUGACCGAAGGGUUAGCGUGUGCACGUUGUAUCAUAAGGUCUGUCAUUGAUUCAGCUGGUAUGGUUUCGAUUCCCCGGUUUUAUGCGAAUUAUUGAAAUAAAAUUGAACCAGAACCUAGUUUGUGUCGAGUGGACGUUAAACCUCAUUUCUCUCUCUUUCAGUGUCAAAAAUUGUAUGACUAUAUUGAUCAAGCUAACAUUGUGGUGGUACAUGUAUGAUGGAUUGUAUGUUCCACUGUCGACACAGAAUAUCAUUAGUUAAACAGUGAUGCAGGACGGAGGGCUUGAUAACGACAGUUGUCUAGUCCUUCGGAUGAUACAAAAACCGAGGUCCCGUGUAUACAAUGGAAUGCACGUAAAAGAUCCCUUGGCAGUUGGAAUUCGAUAUAAGAGUAGGCGAUAGUGCCCUGCCCGGGCAAAAUUUCCCUCAUAGCACACUGUGUGGCGUAUGCCCGUCUUCAUUAGCCCAGCAUAGGAGCAGAACAGUAGGAUGUUAAACCUCAUUUCAUUUCCUUUAAGUUAAACAAGAGCAUUAAGCUCCUUUAAAUAAGUCAAAAAGUUUUAAGCUCCUUUUAAGUAAUUGGAAGAUGUUUAGCCCCUUUAAAUAAAUCGAAAACAAUUUAAGUUCCUUUAAGUUAAACAAAUAAAGAUUAACUCCUUUAAGUAAAUUGAAGAGAUUUUAGCUCCUUAAGGAAAAUCAAAUAGGUUUCAACUCCCUUAAGAAAAUUGAAGAGGUUUUAGCUCUUUUAAGUUAAUUGAGCAGGUUUUAGCUGCUUAAAGUAAACUAAUGGGGUUAUAGUUUCUUUAAAUAAAGAGAUUUUAGCUCUUUAAGUAAAUCAAAUACGUUUUAGCUCCUUUAAGUAACUUGAAAAGGUUUUAGCUCCUUUAAGUAAAUCAAAGUAUUUUUAGCACCUUUAAUUAUUCAAAGAGGUUAUGUCCUUUAAAUAAAUCAAAAGAGUUUUUAGCUCCUUUUAAGUAAAUCAAGGCUGGUUUUAGGUCCUGUAAGUAAAUCAAAGAGGAUUUGCUCCUUCAAGGAAAUCAAAAACUUUGUAAGCAAUUAUUAAAAGAUCUUGAAAUUGUGAAGUUAUAAACAGAAUUUUUAACCCCAGGAAUGCGUAAAUCCUAAAAUGUAGUUUAAGAGGGGGGUUGGAUGGCCGAAUGGUUAGCACAUGUGCGCUGUAUCUACGGUAUAUCAUUGAGUCAACUGGCAUGGUUUCGAAUCCCUGGUUGUACGUGACAAGGAGUAGGGUCGCCUGUUCUCCGGGUCCUCCGGUUUCAUCCCACUGCUAAAGACCCCUCCCUACGUGCAAGCGAAUUAUUGAAAUAAAAUUAAACCAUAUGUUAGUCCCGAAAUGACUGUGUCGAGUGGACGUUAAACCCCAUUUAUCUCUCUCUAUCUUUAAGAUAUAUUUAACAAUUUCCAAAUUGCAUAUUUAUCAACAACCAUAGGUUAGUUGUACUUGACAAUAUGACAGCCCACAAAACCAAUCAAUAUAAUCAAAUACCAAUGAAAUCAACAAUUUUGGUCCCCAAUUACAUGUAAGGAGACCUACCAGUAGUCGUCUCUUAAUUUAAGGAGACCAAGUAAUCUUAAAUCAAAGUUAGUUGUCCCUGACAAGAUGUGAUAAUACAUAUAGUCUUUCUCGUUGCAACUUAGUGCUGCGGUAGUCGUGCUGCAAUUAGAACUGAAAUCUAGACUAGAAUUUCCUGGGUUCCAAAUUCAAAUCCUGAAACGAACCAAGAAGAAUCUCAUACCCAUUUCCCACCUCUACUAGGGUUAGAGCUUCCGAAAACCAAGGUCCACACUGUACAUGUACUAUACAUGUACACAAAUAUGAUUCAUCAAGUCUUUCAAUUACAUGAAUAUUUAUGCUGUAAAUGAUUGAAACAAUGCUGUUCUUCCAAAUUCUUCUUCCUAGUUAGAGUAUUACACACAUGACCAUAGAAGAAAAAGAAACGAAUGUGUAUUAGUUUCUCAUUGACUGCCUUCUUUAACUCAAGUAUUUUUGUUGUUCUAACAUUUAAGUAUAGUAUUGGACUGAAUAUUCAUUAAGAUUCAUAAAUAAUUAUUGUGAAAAUGAUCUAAGAGUUCAGUCAAUAUUGAUUAAGAUCCAUAAUUAUUACGAAAAUAUGAUCUAAGAAUUCAGUCAAUAUAUCCAUGUUUAUUAUGAAAAUGAUCUAAGAAUUCAGUCAUUAUUGAUUAAGAUCCAUAAUUAUUACGAAAAUAUGAUCUAAGAGUUUGGUCAAUGGAGAUAUAUACUAUCUUCAGAUUUUCCCUGUCUGCAUGAUGGGCCUUUAAAGUUUACUUCUGUAUAAUUGAACAUCAAAUCUAUUAAUUUCCCAAUGAGGCCCAUAUUGUGAUAAUGUGAAACAUAGAUAUUCUAGUUGGUAAAUAUUCUCAGAAGAUAGUUAGGGCUUUAAAGAUGCAUUAUGUAAGAGCUAAAUGUCCCUAUUGUACAUGUAUGUCUUUUUUUUCCCCAUGCUUCAAAUGGCAUAUAUAAUAUAAUUUAGACAUUUAUUCACAUGACAAGCCAACUAUCAACUGUCUAGAUCAUCAGAUGGCUAGGAUAUAUAGUGGAUUAGACCACCCAUCCCAUUUAAUCACUUAUAGUUAGAUUGAAAAAAAUCAAGAAUCUGUUGUUCAUAACAUUACUCAGAAUAAAGUAAUUUUAACCUGUUAAGCGUGACGUUUUUAAAACGUUAACUACCCCCUAUUGUGUAAUUAAUUUGACGAAGUGACGAAGAACUAUGUACUAUGUUCUAAGAAUAGGUUGGGGAAAAUACCUCCAAGGCGUCAUGGCAGUUGUCCAGGACGUUAUAUAACGACCUACUCACUUAAUGGGUUAAUGAUAUUUUCCAUAUAUUCAUUAUUCAUUGUUUAUUUAUAAACUAAUAUAGUGAGAACGAACAGCUCUUUAUCUAAAUCUUACAUAAUGCAUCUGUAAUAAGUAUGACAUAUUGUGCUUUGACAAUGCAUUCUGUUUUGUGUUUUAGUUGAUGUAUUUUGAGCUCUAUAAUAUUUUGUGUAUUUUGGGCUAAGACCACACCAAUAUAUAAUUUUCUGUUCUUACCAGUAAAAAUUUUCUGUCUUAUUUCUUUAGGAGAAAAGACCUAUUAAAAAACCAAAAGCAUUUAGGUCAAAGUUUUGAAAUUUGAAGCAAAACCAAUCUGAUUUAAAAUUUUGUUUUACUUGUUUUGACUACGCUAGGAUCUGGAAGAGUUGCUAUAUAACCUGUGUUCUGGUUGAUGUGAGGUAUAAGCUAAUGAAACGGUCUGUUACAGCGAUUUCUUGGCAUGCCAUGUUCGAAACGGUGGGUAAACCACUAGAAACGUCAACACUGAUUGAUUAAAGCGAUAAUUUCAUGUUUUCUAAGAAAUUCAAAACAUAAUUAUUUCUAUGUCUUUUGCUCAUUAGGUUAUCAACUCACUAUUAUACGACCAUGGGCAUUAUUUCCCACCCUUAAAAAUCAAUGACACAGGAAAUAAUAACACAAUUACCUCCCUUGUUUUCCUAUUGCCUCCAUGCAUUAGCUACCUUCAAACGUUGGAAUUUGAAGUUGAAAAUGAUAUUUUUGCCAAUUUCUCAGCUGGCAAUAGUGACUUACAGGAUUAAUAGGAUUAUUCUUUAACAAGGUAGGAUGGUUUAUGGAUACCAUCUAUUUUAAGGCUUUAUUUUAAUAAAUUUUAAAAAUAUAACUUAAAAAUAUGAAAUUGCAGCUUUAAGCAAUGUCUGACAUCAUAGUCAAAAGCAGCUCGUGUGACCCCUGACGUGACCUCCCACUACAACCAGACAGACUUUCAUGUAGUGUAGGCCAUCAAAAGUAUAAGAAAACAAAACGGCUAAAGACCCUUACGCGCAAUCAAAUUAUUGAAAUAAAAUUAAACCAUAUGUUGGUCCCGAAAUGACCUAGUUUGUGUCGAGUGGACGUUAAACCCCAUUUCUAUCUCUCUCUCUCUCACUUGAUUCAAGUGACCAUUUCUUUAUCAAGACCAGUAACAAUCUGAUUAAAAUACAGAUCUAUAUUUCGUUGUAGUGAAAGGUCGAUCAGACCUAUGGCUGUUGACCUAUGACAUCAUAUAUUUGAUUAACCAAUCAACAUUAAUGUUACUAGUGGAUUAACCAAAGUUCUGUGCAAAAGACGCCUAAAGCUCGCCGUAACAGACCGCUUCGCUGGCUAAUCUCUCACACCAUUCAGAACAUGUCAAUGACAACAAGUCUUCCAAAUCUUAGUGUAGUAAAGACAAGUAAAACAAAAUUUUGAACUAUAAAAAAAACGAAACGAAAUAGGAUCUGAUUGGACCAGGAAGAACAGAAAAUCGAAUUGUUGUGGCCUAAAGUAUUAAUUUUACAUUUUAUCAUUAAAGUGUUUUAUUAUUUA